GCUGCAGCGUUGGUGGAGGAGGAGACCAGAAGAUACAGACCCACCAAGAACUACCUGAGCUACUUACCCACCCCCGACUUCUCCACUUUUGAGACCGAAAUUAUGAGGAAUGAAUUUGAGCGUCUGGCGGCUCGGCAGCCCAUGGAUCUCCUGAGCAUGAAGAGAUACGAGCUGCCAGCGCCCUCAUCAGGACAGAAGAACGACAUUACAGCGUGGCAGGAGUGCGUGAACAACUCGAUGGCCCAGCUAGAGCACCAGGCAGUCCGCAUUGAGAACCUAGAGCUCAUGUCGCAGUACGGAACCAACGCAUGGAAAGUCUACAAUGAUAACUUGGCCUUCAUGAUUGAGAUGGCUCAAAAGGAACUUCAGAAAUUCAGGAAGCAAAUUCAAGAUAUAAACUGGCAGCGUAAGAAUGAUCAGUUGGCAGCCGGAGCCAAACUGCGAGAACUGGAGUCAAACUGGGUGUCUCUGGUCAGUAAGAACUACGAGAUCGAGCGGGCCAUCGUUCAGCUGGAGAACGAAAUAACUCAGCUCAGGCAACAGCAGGGGGACGAAAACAAGGAGAACAUCCGACAGGACUUCUAGAGCCGCAGCUUUCACACUCGUAGCACUGAUUUACAAACUAAUGAUCCCUCAAUCAGACAGAUUUCAUUUUGUCUGACUGGACUAAGGAGCAACCUGAGGGGGGACAAUUACCUGUGCGGAGGAGAUCAAUGUGAAACUGUAUCAUCAAAUAAGUUUGAUAUUCAGAAUAAAUUUUCAGGAAACCUCAGUGACAGCACCCAUUUUUACCAGACUUCACACCUAUUCUAAUGUAAAACCAGUGGUGGAAUAUGGUAAUAUAAUGCAGCUUCUGGACUGUAUAGAUAUUUAAAGCGAGACUAUGUACAGUUUGCAAUAAGAUGGAACACAUUCAUCUUCUUACAGAUAGAGUUGAAUUCAUAAGCAAUAAGACAUCUUUGCUUCAUUCAGUACACUCACAGGCUUUGCAGCUACAGCCUAACUUGGUCUGGUAUGACUAGCAGCUUAUGGUUGUUAAUGCUAGCAGACUUUAGACGGAUGUUUUUGUGUAUCUGACAUUACUGAGUGGGUUCGGCUUUAAGAUUGUUAUUGUGCUACUGUUAAACUAGCAUUAGCAUUUAAUAUUAUGCCAUUUCAAUUGAUAUUAUUCAGCAAAAGUGACAUAAUCUGGCUUUAAAAUGUGAUGUAUACCAGCAUAUAGGUUCCAGUCUUUGAGGCUACCUACCAACACAGUAGUGUGUUUAGUGUACAUAGUUUGUCAAGCCUGUCAAAGACAAAGUUAUCUCUGAGUCCCGCCUUGACUUCCAAUCCAUGUAAUUUUUUACCUUGUUUCAAUAAAAUUAACAUUUCUUAUA